AUGAAAUGCCCGGGAAAAAGCAAGGAAAAUACAGGGAAAGGCAAUAAUGAGGAAAAUGAAGAAGAGCUUCUGGAAAAGCUUGAAGACAAGCCUUUUCACCGCAGAGCUGGGCACGAUUUAAGCAAGUACAGUGAGCAGAACAUUAAACAGGAUUUACUUCAUUCCCUGAAGGCGUUAGACUAUAAGUUUGAUGAUACAAUGGAUAUGGAGCGCUUGAUUGACAUGGGUCUCGAAGUACUGGCGCAAACAUGGAGAAAACGCGAUGCCGAUUCCGAAAUUGCAUUCCAGGGCUUGCUUACGGUGCUCGAGUACUGCUUGGAACAUUCCGCAUCAAGUUAUUCUUGCUUCGAGCAAUUUAUCAAUGCUCUUGGCUACAAUACAGUUCAAUUCUGGCGAUACGCAGUGCCGUACAUCUACGACUCGGACCUCACCUAUGGCACCAAAUUCCGCGACUCGCUACUUUUCAGCCUCACACUGUUCGACGUCAAUAAUGGCAAGAGUAAACUCAGGUUUGAACCCUUCUCUGCUGUCAAAAACGCCACCUUAAAAAUAAGGCUGCCAAAAGCAGUAUUUAAGGAUAAGCAAAAAUGCGAUUAG